CCUGUAGUCCGAGGCCCUGCACCGGGGUCAAACGCGCCUCCGGUCUCCACGUAACCGUUCAAGCAUCCCUCCUUCCCAGGACACACUCAAAGCGUCAGAGCGGUCCGCUCUUCUCAAGUCCUAUUGGCUCAAGUCCAUGCGUCUCAGGGCACUGCGGGGUGAGAGGCGGAAAAAGGCCUUCCCAGGCGCGAGAAGAUGACGUCACAGUAGCCCGGCCGGGCGCCGAGGUUUCCUUAGGGCUCUCUGCCCGGUAACAGGCAUCGAACGGUGCCAACUGAAGACGCCCUCCGUCAGCGACGCCGUCGCAAUGGCCAUUUGUCAAUUCUUCCUUCAAGGCCGGUGCCGCUUUGGAGAUCGGUGCUGGAACGAACAUCCCGGUGCUAGGGGUGUAGGAGUAGGACGGCAGCAACCGCAGCAGCAGCCUUCAGGUAAUAAUAGACGUGGAUGGAAUACAACUAGCCAGAGAUAUUCCAAUGUCAUCCAGCCAUCCAGUUUCUCCAAAUCCACACCAUGGGGGGGCAGCAGAGAUCAAGAAAAGCCAUAUUUCAGUUCUUUUGAUUCUGGAGCUUCAACUAACAGGAAGGCAGGCUUUGGAUUGUCUGAGAACCCAUUUGCUUCACUUAGUCCUGAUGAGCAGAAAGAUGAAAAGAAAUUUCUGGAAGGAAUUGUAAAAGAUAUGGAGGUUUGGGAAUCAUCAGGGCAGUGGAUGUUUUCUGUUUAUUCACCAGUGAAAAAGAAACCUAAUAUUUCAGGUUUUACAGACAUUUCACCAGAGGAAUUGAGGCUUGAAUACCAUAACUUCUUAACCAGCAAUAACUUACAGAGUUAUCUAAAUUCUGUCCAACGUUUAAUAAAUCAAUGGAGGAACAGGGUAAAUGAACUGAAAAGUCUAAAUAUAUCAACUAAAGUAGCUUUGCUCUCUGAUGUAAAGGAUGGAGUAAAUCAAGCAGCACCUGCAUUUGGAUUUGGCAGUAGUCAAGCAGCAACAUUUAUGUCGCCAGGCUUUCCAGUCAAUAACAGCAGCAGUGAUAAUGCUCAGAACUUUAGUUUUAAAACAAACUCUGGAUUUGCCGCUGCCUCUUCUGGAAGCCCUGCUGGUUUUGGGAGUUCCCCAGCAUUUGGAGCUGCAGCCUCUACCAGUUCAGGUAUCUCUACUUCUGCUCCAGCUUUUGGAUUUGGGAAGCCUGAAGUCACAUCGGCUGCAUCAUUUUCAUUCAAAAGCCCUGCAGCUUCCAGUUUUGGAUCACCUGGAUUUUCAGGACUUCCAACUUCCUUGGCAACAGGUCCUGUCAGAGCUCCAGUGGCCCCAGCCUUUGGAGGUGGCAGUUCUGUGGCUGGUUUUGGUAGUCCGGGCUCACAUUCUCACACUGCUUUUUCUAAGCCAUCCAGUGACACUUUUGGAAAUAGCAGCAUAUCCACUUCUCUGUCAGCCUCAAGCAGCAUCAUUGCAACAGAUAAUGUGUUAUUCACACCCAGAGAUAAACUAACAGUAGAAGAACUGGAACAAUUUCAAUCCAAGAAAUUUACUCUGGGAAAAAUUCCAUUAAAGCCUCCACCUCUGGAACUUCUAAAUAUUUAAAAGGGCAAUUUUAAAUACAAAAAAGAAUGAUGUUUAAAAUUGCUUUGAGUGAUUCAUAUAGAGAUGUAUAUAUGCAUACAUGUAUAUAUUCAUAAGGAAUAUAAGCUUCCAUUAAUAGUGAUUUUAAAUUUGAUUUUUUUCUUAACUCUAAAUAUUUAAGUAAAAAGUAACAAAAACUCUGCAAGCAAGGGAAUUUUUUUGUACUGUGAUUUUGAAUGGAACUGAAAAAUUGUGCACGAAUAAAGUACUUUUCUCAUGCCA